GGGGGGGCAGAGAAAAAAAGUGCAGCGCAAAUGAGUAGUACGAGGAGAGAGGGAGGGGGGGCUGCACAGAGGCUCUGCGGGGAGAUCAACACAGCUGUGCAGAGAGACAGAGGGAGUUGCACAGAUAGUGGAACAACCAGCAGUAAGACACAAAGGACCAAAUAUUAGAUGCUUUAUCGGUAGCUGGAAGACACACAGGGAUAUAUAAUCAGAAGUAAACAAGAAAGUGGACCAAUCUCAGCCACUGGCAACACUUGGGAUACAGGAAGGCAGAAGAGCAGAGGAGGAAACAAAGGACAGAGCUGAGAGAAAGCAGAAGAGUGACCAAGUGGAAAUAAAAAGCAGGAGAUAAGAGCACGGCCGAGGCAGUCCUCGUCACAUCUCUCUGACCUCUGCCAGCUGAUCCAGGAUGUCUGCCAACCUGUUACUCAUCAUCCUCCUGACCUUUACGCAGGGGAGCUGUGCAUUCCAUAGCAACCACUGGGGUGAAUGGAACGACUCCCAGCUUCUGCCAACAAUACAAAAGCUCAUGAAAGGCUAUAACCGCUACCUCAGACCUAAUUUCAAUGAGGGCCCAGUGGAAAUCGGAAUGAGCCUUGAUAUCGCCAGCAUUGAUGCCAUCUCUGAAAUCAAUAUGGACUAUACAGCGACAAUCUUCCUCCGUCAGCGCUGGCGUGAUGCUAGGCUGAUGUUCCCCGGUAAUGAGAGCGUGAGCGUGGACGGUCGCCUGGUGUCACUGCUCUGGAUCCCCGACACUUUCAUCCCAGACUCCAAGCGCUCCUUCCUGCACGAUGUCACCGUGGAAAAUCGCCUCAUACGCAUCUUCAGCAACGGAACUGUUCUCUAUGCUCUUCGCAUCACAGCUACGAUCGCCUGCAACAUGGAUCUGACUAAGUACCCCAUGGAUAGACAGGUGUGCACCCUUCAGCUGGAGAGCUGGGGGUAUAACCUACAGGAUGUGGUGUUCUACUGGACCAGAGGAAAUGAUUCAGUGAAGGGUUUGGACACAUUGCGGCUGGCACAGUAUAGUGUGGAGAGCUACUACACAUCAGUGUCAGAGGCUGUGUAUGAAACAGGAAAUUACCCCAAGCUGGUGCUGCAUUUUGCACUGCGCAGAAACGUGCUCUUCUUCAUCUUGGAGACGUAUGUCCCCUCCAUUCUGUUGGUGGUUCUGUCCUGGGUCUCUUUCUGGAUCAGCCAGUCCUCUGUGCCAGCUAGGACCUGCAUUGGAGUGACAACAGUGCUGACGAUGACAACUCUGAUGAUGGGUGCCCGCACUUCCCUGCCCAAUGCCAACUGUUUUAUAAAGGCCAUAGAUGUUUAUUUGGGCAUCUGUUUCACCUUCAUUUUUGGCGCACUGUUGGAGUAUGCCUGCGCUCAUUUUUACACCAUGCAGCACCAGACCAUUGAGGAUUUAUAUCGGGACCUUCUGAGGGAGCUCAGCGAGUCUAAUGGAAAUGGCUCUAUCCCCAUCGUCAGCUCCGGCCAACCAAAUCAGUCCGUGGAGAUCGGCUCCACCGCAGAGGACUCCACGGAGCAGUCAGCGAACAGCGACACCAAGAACCACACAGGAACAAAAGAGAAGGCGCCAAAUCAGGGCUGCGGCUUGUCGUCAGUGAGAGACGCAUCACGUAAGGCGGCAUCUGUCUUCAUCGUGGAAAAUCCACACAACAUCGAUCGCUAUGCCCGCACAGUUUUCCCCACAGCAUUCCUCUUUGUCAAUAUCCUGUACUGGCUUUAUUAUCUCUUUCUGUAAGUGCUCAUUCCAAGCCGUGGAAAGCUUAAUUUCACCAACCUGAAGCUGCUCUACCUCCUCAUUUAAGAUCCAACACCAGUCGCCAUGGUCUGAAUACGAACGGACCUGACACAGCUUAUUUAUUGGAUGGUGAAAAAUCAAUUGGUCAGGACUACGCUCUGCAACGAAGGCUGUUAUUGAUUGUGUGCAAAGAGUUGGCUCUCAGCACAUCAGCAUGUAAGAGUGGUAAUGCAAAGCCUGUAUUGUCUACUGACCAAUCCAUAGAUCAAAUGAGGAAGAGUUUAGAAUGAAUAGGAUGCUGAACAGCACCACACAGUUGGUUGCUAUGCAUUGUUUGCAUGAGACCAUAUACUGUAUGAUUAUGUUUCGCCGUACAAUGUGAAAUUAAAAGACUACAUCAGUGACUGGAAUGUGUCGGUGCAUUUUAUGAGAAGGAAAUUCAAUCUGUGCUUGGUAACAAGUUAAUUAAACAGGAAUUGUUUGGGAAAAUAAGACACACAUUUAUUAUUCCCUCAUCCAGGCACGAGAACAGUAAAGUGCAACAGGCGACCACAGGUUUGGUAAGGAAGGUGUUAAAAUGACAUUUGAUGAUUUCAUUAAAAGGAAAAGACAGAUGUCUAUCACUGAUAGCACCACUUUGCUAGUAACUCAAUGAUCUGUAAUGUAAGUAUUCAGCUGUAUUUAAAUGUGUGCCAAAGAGGGUGAUCAGGACAAAGCAUGGAUUUACUUGGUUUUUACCCAGAAUCCUCUAUGGCACGUGCCCGAAUACUGACUUCAGGUAGAAAAAUGCACAAAAAGUUUUUGGCACUUAAAAAGAGUAGCAACAUUAGGGAUAUCAGCCACUGCGGAGUCAUUAAAAAAAAACAUCAAGAAAUAGAGAGACUGCUGCAGCAGAUGGUAUUAUCUGAAGAUUACAGAGUCACUCUGGGAUUACUUGAAGCAACUCAGAGAGCCUGAACCCCCAGAGGAACAUACCUGCUGAUUACCUUGGAAAACUGUGCCUAAAACUUUUGCACACUUAUGAUGAGAAAUGAAGCGCUGUACAGUAUUUUAAGUACAAACACAUAUAGAACAGUAGUUGGCGCUCAUUAUGUACAGGCAAAACAAAAAAGAAAGUCACCUAAAAGGCACAUCAUGGCUUAAACUGUCUUUCAUUCUCAAAGUUUCCAAUACGUCACAUUGCUUUGGUCUUCUUUUUUCCCCUCAUGACACCAUUUAAACAUUUCUGGCUCUUUUCCACACUACAUUUUAUUCAUUUGUAGUGCUUUCCAUACUUUUAUGUUGCCUUUCUCUGCUGAACUUACCCUUCUUGAUUUUUUUUCCUUUACCAAAAUUUUAAACUGCAUCUUUCCAGAAAGUGAAAACACUUUGCUACAGACCAUAAGCAGUCGUUGGAAAUAUUCAGUAAGCUGUACCACCACCUAGUGGCUGAUUUCUUUCAUUACUGUUUAUGCAGUUUCUCAGCAAUCCAAAAAGGAAAAAAGUCUUGAC